AUAAAAUUCAAACCGUUUUCAAAAUAAAUAAUAUAAAAACUCUUUGUUCAUGCAUCUCUCUCACGGUUCUCCCUUUAUUCUCUCCUCUUUUCCUCUUUUUUUUCUACUAUUUUUCUUCUUUCUCUUGUUUUCUUCUCUCUUCCUCAUUUAUUGUCCUUUCUAACAAACCGCCCCUGCCCCUGCCCACAUACCUUCUAGCGUCUUACGUACGAUUAAAGGCCAGCUUCCUUCCCAUCAUUCAAGAUUUAAAUCCUCAAUUAUCUAUCCAAUCCAUUGCUCCCCAUUUCUUCGGCGGUUCUCUCUCGCUCUCGAUCACUUUUCAACGUUUUCCUGUCAUUCUUUUUUAGCUUUGGGUAUCCACGGGCCAAAAAAACACACGCUAUAGAAGGGAGAGAGUUUUCGUGAGAGAGAAACCCUAAGUUUUCUCUGGCGUUUCUGGUUUUUGUGAUUUUUGAAAUUCGCUGCUUCAACGGAGACUCAUUUCAGGUUCAUCCUACAAAGGAACGAUAAUAUUAAGAAAAUGGAUUGCAUAUUCUCAUCCAUCACCACAUAUCCUUUCAUAACUUUGGGAGGAAAACUACAACAGAGCGUUUGUGUUACUAACCUGGCGCAUCCCAGCACAAGAAUUUGCUAUAGCAGCAACCCAAGAACCGUCGUUAUCCGCGUCACACCAAACUCCCUCCUGACUUUGGCGUUAACUUAUUCUUGGAGAAACCUAGAACUGAACCCGACAUGUCCACUGACACUGAACAAAUAAAGUCAAUUUAUGGUCACAAUAAUGAUUUACCUGAAGAAGAAGACGACGAAGAAGAAAAUCAUGUGAAUAUUGAUCUUGCUUGGGAAUCAGAUGAGGUUGAAACCAUAUCUUCACUUUCAGGAGGAAUUCCUCAAAAACCUGGAAAAGUAGGUAGAGAGAGGCCUCUUCCUCUCCCACUUCCUCACAAGCUACAGCCACUGGGAUUUCCUAUGCCAAAUAAACACGUUAAGAAGGCUUCUUCUGGGGUAAACUCAUCUCGUGCUUCUGUAUCACAACAGUUAUAUAAGAAUCCAAGCUUUCUUAUUGGCUUAUCUAAAGAGAUUAAAGACCUGGCUUCCAAUGAUGAUGUGUCUGCAGUUCUCAAUAAAUGGGCUCCCUUUUUGCGUAAGGGUUCGUUAUCAAUCACAAUUCGGGAAUUGGGUCUUAUGGAUCUUCCACAAAGAGCUCUGCAAACUUUCUGUUGGGCUCAGAAGACGCCUCACUUGUACCCGGAUGAUAGGAUUUUGACUUCAACUGUUGAAGUAUUGGCUAGGAAGCGUGAAUUAAAAUUGCCUGUCAACUUGGAGAAGUUCACGAGCUUGACCAAUCGUAGUCUGAUUGAGGCAAUGGUGAAAGGAUUCGUUAAAGGUGGAAGCUUGAACCUUGCAUGGAAGCUUCUUUUGGUUGUGAAGCAAAGUAAAAGAAUGCUGGGUCCAGGCAUUUACGCAAAGUUAAUAUUGGAGCUUGGAAAGAAUCCUGAUAAACACAUCCUUGUAGAGGAGUUACUGGGUGAUCUUGGAGAAAGAGAUGAUUUGAAUUUGAGUCAGCAGGACUGUACAGCGAUCAUGAAGGUUUGCAUUAGGCAUAGGAAGUUUGAGAUUGUGGAGAGCUUGUUUUACUGGUUCAAGCAAUCAGGGCGUGACCCCAGUGUGGUGAUGUACACAACAUUGCUUCAUAGUCGUUAUUCUGAGAACAAGUACAUGGAAGCAUUAGCUCGUUGGGAAAUGGAGGCCAGGGAAUGUCUCUUGGAUCUUCCUGCUUAUCGUGUAGUAAUAAAGCUUUUUAUUGGCCUCAAGGAUUUGGCAAGAGCGGUGAGAUAUUUUUCCAAACUCCAGGAAGCGGGUUUCUCUCCAACAUAUGAUAUGUAUCGUGACUUGAUUAAUAUGUAUAUGGCUGCAGGGAGCGUGGGCAAGUGUAAGGAGGUUUGUAAGGAGGCCAGUAUGGCGGGUUUUUCAUUAGAUAAACGUACCUUGUUAAAUUUAUCAAAACUUGAGAAAGACAUUUUAGGUUAGUUAGGUUAUGAAUUUUGGUUAAUUUAUUUUGCCAUUCUCAUGUUUAUUAUAAAUCGGCAUCUUCUUGUGAUGGCAACUGUUAGUCUAACCCUUUUCUUAUUUGUAUCAUUACAUCUUACAAUUUUUUGCCCAUCAAUGUUUAAAUCAAAUUUAAUAUAA